GUCCACAUGGAGGAGGCCUCUGUGAUGCAGGGAGCCCAGGGGAUGCUGGUUCAGAACUGGCCCACUGUGUCCAGUGCUGCAGACGGGGAAGGCGGAGGAGAGUUGUCACCUCCAGUUGGAGCUGGGAUCAAUAGCAACAGCUGGCACUUCCGCUACGGCGCGGGGCAAGGCUACGGCCCUCCGCAGGGCCUGAAGCCUGGAGAGAUCCCCCCUGAAGCCUUUAUCAUCCCCGGAUCCCCCGCGAUCAUCUCAAUUCGCCACGACCCAGGGUCUGCGGACGACAAAGGUGAAUUCAUAAGCUUUGGCAAGAAGGAGGAGGCCAAGAAGAAAAAGAAAAAGAAGAAAGAGAAGAAGGACAAGAAGGAGAAGGGAAAAGAUGACGGGGAGGAGUAGAGGAAAAGGGGUGACAGAGUUACCAACAAACUAUCAUCAAAAUUACAGAGCCAGAAAAACAACACAAAAAAAAAAAUCCAAAUCUUCCUCCACAGGUGAGGGAGCUUCCCCACGGUGUAUUUGCAUUGACACUGUAUAGUGGCCAAAACCUUCAGUAAAUGAGGCCUGGCUCCGCUACACUAGGUGAACAUUGCUAAACAAGUAUCUUUUCUAUCUUGGCCGAAUUUUGGCCUACGAUCCAAAGGUAAAGGCUUUGGGCAGAAAAAUCAUUCUUAGCAGCCAGACAUCCUCUGGAAGAAAAAGCUGGACCAAAUCAAACCAACAGAAAGGAUUAUAUUGGAAUAGGUUAGCCUUUCUAUGAUGGCCAUUCCGCUGUCCCACCCGGUGUUGAAUUUUAAUGCACCACUAGGAACGCUAUCUGAAUCUGGGCGCUACGA